AGAAUCGAACCCACGGAGCCGAACUCCACCCAACAAAGUGUCCGAAACCCUCCCCCUCCCCGCCGUGGACAGGCGGGCUGUUCACCUGCUCCAGGAGGAAGUGAAGGAAACACCGCUCUACUGGUUCUAAUGGAGUUUAAAUAAUGCACUGGUUCUAAUGGAGUUUAAACAAUCCACUGGUUCUAAUGGAGUUGAACUCUUCUACUGGUUCUAAUGGAGUUUUAUGGAUUAUACUUAUUCUAAAGGAUGAUCAUGAUCUAAUGGGAACUGAAGCGUCAUAGUUUGUUCGAACACGGAGGAAACACGAGCUGGAAGAUGUCUGUGAACGAGCUGUACACAAAGUUCACCCGGGUCUGGAUCCCGGACCCUGAGGAUGUGUGGGCGGCGGCAGAGAUCACCAGAGAUUACAAAGAAGGAGAAUCACUUCUUCACCUCAAACGUGAAGAUGAAACGCCUCUGGAGUAUCCUGUGGGUCCGAAGAGCAACCCUCUCCCUUUCCUCCGGAACCCCGACAUCCUGGUCGGAGAGAACGACCUCACGGCUCUCAGCUACCUGCAUGAACCUGCAGUGCUGCACAACCUCCGGGUUCGAUUCCUGGAGUCCAACCACAUCUACACAUACUGUGGGAUUGUUCUGGUGGCCAUUAACCCGUAUGAGCAGCUGCAGAUCUAUGGAGAGGAGGUCAUUAACGCCUACACUGGACAGAACAUGGGCGACAUGGACCCACAUAUAUUUGCUGUGGCUGAAGAAGCGUACAAACAGAUGUCCAGAGACGAGAGGAAUCAGUCCAUCAUUGUGAGCGGAGAAUCUGGAGCAGGAAAGACGGUUUCUGCGAAGUACGCCAUGCGUUUCUUUGCCACAGUGGGGGGUUCAGCUAAUGACACUAACGUGGAGGAGAAGGUCUUGGCCUCCAACCCGAUCAUGGAGGCCAUUGGAAACGCAAAAACCACCCGAAACGACAACAGCAGUCGCUUUGGAAAGUACAUUCAGAUCGGAUUCAAUCAACAAUACAACAUCAUCGGAGCCAACAUGCGCACGUACCUGCUGGAGAAGUCUCGAGUCGUGUUCCAGGCUGAGGACGAGAGGAACUAUCACAUCUUCUAUCAGCUCUGUGCUUCUGCCAGUUUACCAGAGUUCAAAGACCUCAGCCUCAAAAGUGCAGAAGACUUCACCUACACGUCGCUAGGGGAGAACAUCUUCAUCGAGGGAGUGAACGACGCUGAGGACCUCAAGAAGACCAGAGAGGCCUUCACGCUGCUGGGUGUGAAGGACAGUAGUCAGAGCAACAUUUUCAGAAUAAUGGCGUCCAUCCUUCAUCUGGGGAACGUAGAGAUCUGCACAGAGAGAGACGGAGAGUCGUGUCGUGUCUCGAAGGACGACGCCCACCUGACGCACUUCUGCCGGCUGCUUGGGGUGGAGCUGAAGCAGAUGGAGCACUGGCUCUGUCACAGGAAGUUGGCUACGACCUCAGAGACGUACGUGAAGAACAUGUCCAGCAAGCAGGCCACCAACGCCCGGGACGCCCUCGCCAAACACAUCUACGCCCGCAUGUUUGACUGGAUCGUGCAACACAUCAACAAGUCUCUACACACCACGUCCAAACAGAACUCCUUCAUUGGCGUCCUGGACAUCUACGGGUUCGAGACGUUUGAGAUCAACAGUUUUGAACAGUUCUGCAUCAACUACGCCAACGAGAAGCUUCAGCAGCAGUUUAACUCUCAUGUGUUUAAACUGGAGCAGGAGGAGUACAUGAAGGAGCUGAUUCCCUGGACUCUGAUCGACUUCUAUGAUAAUCAGCCGUGUAUCGACCUGAUCGAGGCUCGACUCGGCAUCCUGGACCUGCUGGACGAGGAGUGUAAGGUUCCGAAGGGAACCGACGUGAACUGGGCUCAGAAGCUCUUCCAGCAGCACUCAAGCAAAGAUCAGUUUCAGAAACCUCGUAUGUCCAACACGUCCUUCAUCAUCAUCCACUUCGCUGACAAGGUGGAGUACCAGUGUGAAGGUUUUCUGGAGAAGAACCGAGACACGGUGUACGAGGAGCAGAUCAACAUCCUGAAGGCCAGCCAGCUUCAGCUCGUAGCAGAUCUGUUUCACGAGAAAGACGAUGCCCCCCCCUCAAAGAACUCCAGGGUGAACGUCCGUGCAGCCAAGCCGAGUCCUCGAGGGCCCAACAAAGAUCACAGGAAGACGGUGGGACACCAGUUCCGCAGCUCCCUUCAUCUUCUCAUGGAGACUCUGAACGCCACGACGCCUCACUACGUCCGCUGCAUCAAACCCAACGACUUCAAAGAGGCCUUCUCGUUCGACUCGAGCAGAGCGGUGCAGCAGCUCCGAGCCUGUGGCGUUCUGGAGACGAUCCGGAUCAGUGCGGCCGGAUACCCGUCCAGGUGGACGUAUCCUGAUUUCUUCAGCAGGUAUCGAGUGUUGAUGAAGAAAUCUGACAUGACGUCAUCUGAUAAGAAGCUCGUCUGUAAAAACCUGCUGGCGACGCUGAUCAAGGAGCCGGACAUGUUCCAGUUUGGAAAGACGAAGAUCUUCUUCCGGGCGGGGCAGGUGGCGUACCUGGAGAAGCUCCGUGCUGAUAGGUUCCGAUCGGCGUGCAUCAAGAUCCAGAAGACGGUUCGCGGCUGGCUGCAGAGAAUCCGAUACCGAAAGAUCCGCAAGAUGGCCGUCACUCUGCAGAGAUAUGGCCGAGGUUACCUGGCCCGCAGGUACGCCGAGUACCUGCGUCUGACUCGAGCAGCACUCGUCUGUCAGAAGCAGUAUCGGAUGGUGAGAGACCGACGGGCCUACCUGAGGGUGAGGAAGGCGGUGGUCACCAUCCAGGCCUACGCUAAAGGGAUGUUCACACGCAGGAUCUACUGGGAGUUCCUCCUGCAUCACAAGGCCAUGAUCAUCCAGAAGAGCGUCCGGGGCUGGUUGCAGAGGAAGAAGUUCCAACGUGCACGGAACGCUGCCAUCACCAUCCAGUGUGGGUUCAGACGCGUGCAAGCCAAGAAACGACUCAAGGAGCGGAAGAUCGAAGCUCGAUCCGCCCAACAUCUGAAGAACCUCAACUCAGGGAUGGAGAACAAGAUCGUCCAGCUGCAGAGGAAGAUAGACGACCAGUCUAAAGAUUUAAAAACUCAGAACGAGCAGCUGCAGUCGGUGAACGUCAGUAUGGAAUCGGAGGUGAUCAAACUGCGGAAGGAGCUGGAGCAGGUCCGGGGUCCGCGUGGCGAAGGAGGUCAGCUGACGUCCCUGCAGGCCGAGCUGGAGAAGCUGAGGGCGGAGCUUCAGGAGGCGCACGCUGUCAGGAAGAAAAUGGAGGAGGAGCACGGCAGCGAGAAAAUGACCCUGGAACAGAGGGUGGAGGAGCUGGAGAAAGAAAACUCUCUGCUGAAGAGUGAGAAAGAGGAAAUGAACCAGAAGAUCCUCCAGCAGACGAAGAACUCCCAAGACAUCAGCAGCAGUGUGUCUCAGACAGAAGCGUCUCUUCAGAAGGAGCUGGACGCAGAGAGGCAGAGAUACCAGAACCUCCUCAAAGAGAUUUCCAGAGUGGAGCAGAAAUACGAGAACCUGAAGGAGGAGGUGUCUCUCACCAAGUUCGUGCCCGGCCACACGAGGAACCCGUCCAAUCUGAGCAGCCUGGAGUCGGACUCGAACUACCCGUCAGUGUCCACGUCGGAGGUGGGCGACACAGAGGACUCUGUCCAGCUGGUGGAGGAGAUGGGCGUGGAGAAAGCUGCGAUGGACAUCAGUCUGUUCAUGAAGCUGCAGAAACGAGUGCGAGAGCUGGAGCAGGAGAGGAAGAGGCUGCAGACCAGCGUGGACAAGAUGGAGGAGCUCGCCAAGCACAGGAGCUCUGAGCCGAGGAGUCCCACGUCUGAGCUGGAAACUGCAGAUCUGGCCUACAAUAACCUGAAGAGAGAGGAGCUGGAGUCAGAGAACAAGAAGCUGAAGAACGACCUCAACGACCUGAGGAAGAGCAUCUCUGAGCGAGCAGCUCAAAACAACUCGUCCAAUGAGCUGCAGGACGGCUACAACCUGCUGCUGAGUCAGCUCAAAGCAGCCAAUGACGAGCUGGACGCCCGCAAAGACGAGAUGCUCAUCCUCAGGUCUCAGAUCGUCAAGAACGCUCAGCUCCUGGAGAAGAACCAACAAGUUCAGCAAAGUAAUAAUGUUCCAGAGGUUCCAGAGGUUCCAGAGGUUCCAGAGGUUCCAGAGGUCACUGGGGUUACUGGGGUUCCAGAGGUUACUGAGGUUACUGAGGUUCCCGAGGACAAGGAAGAGGCCCUCAGAGCGUAUCAGGGGCUGACUGAGUCUAAGAGGCUGUUGGAGGCCCAGCUGCAGACUCAGUCCAGGCAGCACAAAGACGAACUGGAGGCUCUUCACACUCAGAUCGAGCUGCUGAAAGCCGACAUCGAGAAGAAGCAGGAGAUCCUCAACUACACCAUGUCCCUGUCCCCGGAGGCCCAGGUGGAGUACAGCGUCCAGCAGGAGAUCACACGACUCACCAACGACAACCUGGACCUCAAGGAACUGGUGGAGAAACAGGAGAAGAACGAGAGGAAACUGAAGAAGCAGCUCAGGAUCUACAUGAAGAAGGUCCAGGAGCUCGAGGCGUCUCAGGCUGCAGCUCUGAGCAGCAGAUCCCGACCCGAGCUGAGUCGGCAGGUGACCGUCCAGAGGAAGGAGAAGGACUUCGAGGGCAUGUUGGAGUACUACAAGGAGGAUGAAGCUCUGCUGGCCAAGACUCUGAUCACAGACAUGAAGCCCAGCGCGGUGUCGGGGACCGUCCCCUGCCUGCCGGCGUACAUCCUCUUCAUGUGCAUCCGCCACGCCGACUACAUCAACGACGACGACAAGGUGGAGUCUCUGCUCACCUCCUCCAUCAACUCCAUCAAGAAGGUCCUCAAGAAGAACAGCGAUGACUUUGAGACGACGUCCUUCUGGCUGGCCAACACCAGUCGCCUGCUCCACUGCCUGAAGCAGUACAGCGGGGACGAGGUCUUCAUGACGCAGAACUCGCCCAAACAGAACGAGCACUGUCUGAAGAACUUUGACCUGGCGGAGUACAGACAGGUGCUGAGCGACCUCUCCAUCCAGAUCUACCAGCAGCUCAUCAAAGUGGCAGAAGGCAUCAUACAGCCCAUGAUCGUGUCAGCCAUGUUGGAGAGUGAGAGCAUCCCCAGCCUGGCGGGCGUGAAGCCGAUGGGCUACAGGAACCGUUCGUCCAGCAUGGACACCGACGCCGGCGGCCCCAGCAGCUACACUCUGGAGGCCCUCAUCCGGCAGCUGGGACAGUUUCACAGCAUCAUGAGUGACCACGGUCUGGACCCGGAGAUCGUGGGUCAGGUGGUCCGACAGCUGUUCCACUGCAUCAACGCUGUCACGCUCAACAACCUGCUGCUACGCAAAGACGUCUGCUCCUGGAGCACGGGCAUGCAGCUCAGAUACAACACCAGUCAGCUGGAGGAGUGGCUCCGGGGAAACAACUUGUAUCAGAGUAAAGCUGCAGUGAUUCUGGAGCCGGUCAUCCAGGCCGCUCAGCUGCUGCAGGUGAAGAAGAAGACGUCUCAGGACGCCGAGGCCAUCUGCUCGCUCUGCAUCGCCCUCACCACACAGCAGAUUGUGAAAGUCCUGAACCUCUACACGCCACUGAACGAGUUUGAGGAACGAGUCACGGUGUCGUUCAUCAGAGACAUUCAGAGUCGUCUCCAGGUGAGGAACGAUCCUCCUCAGCUCCUGAUCGACACCAAGCACACCUUCCCCGUCCUCUUCCCGUACACGCCCUCCGCCCUCAGCCUGGAGACGCUGCACAUCCCGGCCUCGCUCGGCCUCGAGUUCCUGGUCAGAGUCUGAAGUGUCAGAGACAUCCAGGACGGACGGACCACGCCACGGACACACAGACACGGUCCUUACUGUGUCUGUCGACCUGAGAGGAUUCAUUGGGUCACUUCUGACUUCCUGUUUGACGUUGAACAGUAAAAACGUCCUUUAUUCACUCAGCAUCUGUCAGAUCUGACGUCUGUCCUCCAGCAGAGAGCAGCUGCUGUCUGUCUCCAUGUGUCGUCUCCGUCUCCAGACGAGCGUGAGGAACAGGAAGUGUCCUGGAGGAUAAGGAAGGUCAGAGGUCGGAGAAACGAUGUUUCAGGAUCCACAAAUAAAAAUCCCCUCACUGAUGACUCUGAGUGAACAUCAGUAACAUUUAUCUUCAUGUCGUCUCAGCUUCUGGAAUUAUUCACGUUCCUGAAGUUCCUCCUCAGGUGAUCUGAUUCUUUAGAUUUAUUAUAAUCUUUUCUUGUGCCUUUAACUUUUGAAGAUUCACCAUCAGUGACUUUUCAGCUUCUGUUUAGAAAAAUGAUAAUUGUGAUAUAAACGUGAUGCAAUAGAUCCGAACAUGUUUUUCUGACUAAAUGUGCUGAACGACAGAAGAAAAAGAGACAGAACGAAAUCUUUCACUAAAUAUCACAACGACGACAAGUUUAAAUGUGCAACAGCUUCCUCAGGUGAUGUUAUGAACUUUAUAUAAGUUCAAAUGUAAAGAAGUAAAAUAAGUCGAGUUCUACUCAGUGGAUCAUGAAACAGUUUCUCUGAAGAUCGAGCUGCUUUUUAAAACUAGAAAUUAAAAUCAAUCAGACUCUUUUUCUUGCUCAGGUCGUGUUCAGCUGUUUGUUCACAGAUGAAUCCAGUCUUCCAUUUAUUUGAAUAUUGUUUUCUGCUCUGUUGAAUUAAUUUUUUUAUUUUUGUGGGAAAUAAUUUUACUGACGUUUCUCUUCUCUCGGCUCAUUUAACGUUUCUAUCUGUGAUUUAUACAAAGAUUUUUCCAUAUUUGUAAUGACGCUAAUUUAUCACUUAAGUAGAGGAAACAAAUAUGUAGUGCUGCCCCCUGCUGUCUGAGGAAAGACUGCGCUUGUCUGCCGUGCCAUUAUCGAUGAUCAACACGUCUGAUUGUCUUUUACACUAAACUGUUGAAGAAGAAAAAGUUUGUUAUUAUUGAAUUCUGUAGAGCUUGUUUAAGAAUUGACGUAAUGAUGAAGUUAAUAAAUGGUGGAAAUAUAAAAAAUGUAUCUUUAAUAAUCAGAAAUGUAUUUUUCACAGCAUUCAAAUCUUCAGAAACAUUUCAGUUGUGUUUGAUGUUAGCAUCUGUUG